ACAGUGGAAACAACGAAUCAAGAAAACCAGCAAGAAUGGCAUGAACUUUUGAGCGAAUUUUUUUUGAAAAUUCAAAUGGUUGAAACAAAUAGGGCUUUUCAAAUGGAAUUGAUUGUUCUUUCUUCUGAGCAUGAAAAGCAAAUAACAAAGUAUUUAGAUCGAUUAUUACAAGAGUUAACG